AUGCUCAAAGCACUAGGAGAGCAUAUGAACAUCCACAGAAGAGACAGAACUAAUCUCAGACAAAAGCUUAUGGAAGAUAAGAAGGAUGACAAUGUCGCCGGGUAUAAAGAUGUAGGCAACUAUAUAAGUCCUGGCCAAAACUUAGGGUUUUGGGUUCAAGAAAGCAACCUCGACACUAAUGAUGACCGUUUAGACCAAACCACCGUGGAGAGGAAAGAUAACAUAAUCUCCAAAUGA